AUGCUAGACGAAUACUCCCGAUACCGACCUGCGCUCUUCGCAGCUGCAGGCGUUGCAUUACUAGGCGGCAUAUUCUACUACCACUCCCACACAACCGCUACGACCAGCAGCCCUGCCCAGCUUCAACGUCGAGGUGCCGUCCUCCGUCGUAAUCGUCGAGAAAAUGUUCCCACCGACGUGACCGACACCCCGUCUUCCAGGGCAAUAGCACAUCUGGAACAGCUUGAGAGAGAGAAUGGAGCAUACGGAACGUUCAGAAUUGAAACGGAGGAUGGGCGGAUGGUGGAAAGUGGUCUACUCCCCUCGUUACUCGUCACGCGCAAUCAACUCAUGGCAGAGGUUGGAAUGCCGGAAUCGCACGCGGAACGAAUGCGGGAUAUGAUGGAAGAUACUUUUCUGGAGUCAUUCUUCGCUCUUGACUUCCCGCCUAGUCAUACGAUACCAGAGGGCUCGGCGGAGCGAGAGUAUCUGACGCGGGAAUUAAGUCAGCGUGGCAUCUCGCAUGCUGGAAUCCAACGAGCGCUUGAGAAUUUUAAUGCAGACCCCGCAUUCGGUGAGGCUUUGCGUGUUCGGCGCCAGCUGGGUACUAGAGUUACGUUGUCUGCGAAUACGCCAGCUCAAGAGCCUGAAGAAGUGAACCCAAUCGUGGAAGAUGCUGGCGAGACGGAAAGUGUCUUUUCCUGGCGCAACGAUAACGCAGACGGAGAACCAGCUCGCGAGGGCCAGAAUCUGCUUAAUCUCUUGUAUCAUAUUGCGGAAGAUCAGGCAAAGAAAGAUGGCUACAUACACCGUGGCGUAACCUGCAAUAAUUGCGGUAUGAUGCCGAUCCAAGGGAUCCGAUAUCGAUGCGACAAUUGCGUUGAUUUUGAUCUAUGUGAGAAUUGCGAAGCUCAGCAGGUACAUAACAAGACCCAUAUAUUCCUCAAAGUUCGCAUUCCGGCACCGUACAUGGGCAUACCACGUCAAGGACGGCCGGUGUGGUAUCCUGGUAAACCCGAGAACCUUCCGAAGAAUCUGCCACCAGUAUUGGCUCGUCGGUUAGCAAAGGAAACAACAUUUGAAAACACGGAGCUCGACGCAUUGUGGGACCAGUACCGGUGUCUGGCUAAUACCACAUGGCCUGCAGACCCUAAUAGAUUAGGCAUGGCUAUUGACCGCAAGACUUUCGAUCGCUGUUUCAUUCCGAAUACAUCUUCUCGACCUCCGCCACCGAGUUUAAUAUUUGAUCGCAUGUUUGCAUUCUAUGAUACCAAUGGGGACAAUCUCAUUGGCUUCGAGGAGUUUGCCAAGGGCAUUGCCAGUUUCAACAACAAAGCAAUAGACGAAAAGAUGUGUCGGAUCUUCAAAGGUUAUGAUGUUGAUGGCGAUGGCUUCAUAGAGAGAAAGGACUUCUUGCGCAUGUUCCGUGCCUAUUAUGCACUUAUCAAAGAGUUGAGUGCUGAUUUGGUACAAGCUUGGGAGGAAGAUUUUGGCCCCGGUGAUGGAACCGCUGCACGCGACAUAGUUCUGGGUACACGUCCUAUCAGUUCGGCAUUCAGUGGUAAUUUCGGUAACGCAGAGACUCCCAGAACUGGAGAAGGAAAGCGCACCAACCUCGAAGGUGACAUGGUGGUCGUGGAUGGCGUGGGUGUUUUGCGACCUGAUGGUAUGGAUCACGGUGAUCCGUAUACUGCUGUAGCCGAUGCUGCUGUUCGCCGACAAUUCAGACAAAGGCAAGAUCUACCCAGAAUCCCUACUGAUGUAUCCCCUGCUUCUUCGGUAUCUGGUGGUGUGGACGUUGAGGGUGAAGCCCAGGUCGAAGUGGAAGGCGACCAAGCCCAACCUGAAGCGACUGCGGAGGAAGAUGACAAUGAAGACACCGAGGAUGAAGAAGACGACGCUACACGUUCUACUGCCGAGGAAGCUCGAAGCAGAGCAAUUCAUGAGCGUUGGCGCCGUCGCCAGUUUUACACAGACGAAGAAGAUGGGGCCACAGCCCCAGAAGGGUUCGAAGAAGACACUGAUGAGAAUGAGUCUGAGGAUCAAUCUAUCUAUCCGGAGCAGUCUUCACGACCUCCGUCUCUGAGGUCACGCUCUUCUUCAAAAGUGCGCUUUGAAGAUGACGAUUACGAUGUGCGGUCGAACGGCUCCACCUCAGUCGGCGAGCGGUGGGGCGGAUUCGAGGUCCCUGAACCGGAGAGGGACAUUGGCAAGGAAAUUCUUUAUCAAGCAACCAAAGAAGGAAUGAAUGAGCUCCUGGAUGUCUUGUUCAAGGCCAAGGAGGAUCUCGUGAUGGAGCUCCGUAGGACUCGCGACGACCGUAUUCGAUGGGCCGCCGAAAUAGAGAGGUUCAAAGACCCGAGCAAACGCGGAGAAAGGAAUGGCCCAGAAACAUUUCUCCCUGGCGACUUGGAGUACGUGAAGUACUAUGAGGGUGCCAGUUUGGAGGAACUACUAGAUGCCUCUGGUUACACUGUGAUUGAUGCUGCUGAAGCGGAAGCCACUGUUGACGGACCUUCGGAAAUUGAGGAACCCGAAGAAGCAGAAGAAGUUGAAGAGACGGAGGAUAUCGAAGAAUUCGAACAAGUCGAACAAAUAGAUCCAACACUCCCUCAAAACCGACCAAACGAAGCACCUAUACCCAGCCCUGCAGCAGCCGCCGCCUCGUCUCUCCACCUUCGCCUCGACAACUCAACAAUGUUUCCCGUCCCACAACCAGACAACUCCAACCGAGCAGAAGCAACAGCACCCAAAUUCUCCCCUGUUCUCAAACCUACCCCAUCCACCGGCUCUCCAGUGCAUCAAUCCCCUAGACUUCCUCCAUCACACAAACGAGCUACUCCUGCGCCACCGCCAAAACCUACUCGUCGCCAACUCGCAUACUGGGCAACUCUAGACGAAGGAGAACGCGAGGUCCUUGCUCGCGGUGGCGGCGCAAAGCUGAGUUAUGAUGAAUUUCGCCGGAUUAUGAAUACUGAUGAAGGGAAGAAGUUGAACUUUAUCAGUACUUAUAUUGAGAUGGCCAGUUUUUAG